CAAAACAACAUUGUUUGUGGAGUGAAGUCAACUCUUCGGUGGAGCAAUACGACAAAACCCGGCGAUCGGGAAGGCCCACACAACCAGCGGGGCGAGAGAAACCACGCAAGAAUUGCUAAUCUUUCUUGGGUUUGUGUUGUUGGUGGGAACAUCCCUGUGGAAUAAUAACGCAUUGAAAUCCGACCCUUUUGCGUGCCGCGAUGAACGAAUCGGAGGCCGAAGCUGCCGCCGAUGCCGCCGAUCCGAAAGAACCAGGCCGCAGUGCCACCCCCCAAAGCGUCCGUGGCAGCGACGACAAGCCCACUAGCAGCAGCAGCAGCAGCAGCAGUGGUCCGGGGGCUUCCCCGGGCCUCCGGGCCGUCCUCGCCAACCUGGCGGAGGUCGAAACCGCCCUGCAGUCCGUCCUGGAAACCCACCGGCACGGGACCCACGGCUUUCUCACCCGGGAGUGGGGCUUUACGGCCCCCGGAGGCCUCGGCGGGAAGCUCGGCGGGAGGUUCCGUCCCUGGGAGCUCAAGCUGGAAGGGUGCCGGGAGUUUUUCUGGCCGGUGGCCUGCUACGAGUCCAUGGAGGUCGGCCCGGACUUUGGGAGGCCCGAUCCGUCCAUGGUCGAGGACCUCCCGCCCGAGGGGGAGCAGCUCUACGGGAACACCCCCCUGCACCUGUACCUGGGAGAGGCCCCGGUCCCGUCCGUGGAGCUCGCCGAGGAAGACUACCGGGACUACCGCGAAGCGGCGAGGAUCUUCCUCCUGCUGGGGACGCUCAGCCACCUGUACGGGAACAGCGCGCCGAACGGCCCCAAGACCGCGGAGCUCCCGGGAUGGAUCGAGGACCCCCUCCUGGUGGUGGCGGAGCGGCUGGGGGUGGAGCCCACGCUCUCGGGACACUUUCUGGUGCAGGAAAACUGGACCUGGAAGGGGGACAAGGAAGAACCCGCGUCCGAGCCGUCCCUUCUUACCGGCGGGCCCAACGGGGACGUUUUGGCAAAAACGGCGGCAAAGGCGAUGACGGCCCUGUCCAAGCGCCGCUUCAGCAAACAAAUGGCGCGAAAGAUGGAGCGGGUCGUCGUUGCCGCGCUCCUCCGGCAGUGCGAGUGCGAGGACCGGACCCACCGGGCCAAGGUCCACCCGGACUGCUUUUUGGGGACCCAGUGCGUCGACGUGGUCCUGGAGAAUUCCUUCACCGACACGAGGGAGGAAGCCGUGAGGCUCCUCCGAAAGAUCAACCGGGCGUACAACCUCUUCCAGCACGUCAGCAACAACGACAACAACUACGAGCUGAUGGACGACCGGGGCUUCUACCGGUUCCGGAGGGAGUGGAAGACCCGGAGGCUCAUGGCCGUCAGCGGCCAGUCGGAUGAGCUGACCAUCGACGACAGCGACAGGCUUCGCCGGGGCAUCAAUGCCGGGGACGGCGGCUACGACGAGUCGGAGAGCCUGGCCUUUUCGGUCGUUUCCAACGCCUCGAAUCUUCCGGACAAUGGUUUCGAUUCCAACCCUUCGUCGAGGGGGUCUUCUACCAACGCGGUGAGCACCAAGGCGGUGGCCAAGCUGUCGGUGACCUACAGCAACGAACGGAUGGUCCCACGAAAGCACACGUCCAUGUACGAGCGCAUGGCCGUCAUCCACGCCAUGGCCAAGGUCCGGGUCAAGGACCGCCGGUACCGGCUGCGGAUCUACAAAAAGUGCUUUGUCGGCAAGCAGAUGAUCGACCUGCUCAUGGACGAAGACGUCGGACCCACCCGCCGGGACUGCCUGGAGAUCGCGAUCGCCAUCAACCAGCAGCUCAAGCUCUUUGAGCACGUCAAGAAGCACCACCUGCUCCGGGACAAGCACCUGUUCUACCGGUUUACCAACGCCUUUUGGAACCUCGUCGAGGGCGAAACCCACGCAUCGACGCUGGUGCAAUCCGGCCGGCCGAGCAACCUCCCCGGGCGGCCGAUGCCGCCGCUGGCGCCGGCCCUCGAACGCUCCGGGAGCUACAUCCGCCGGCCCUCCCUUCCGAGCGAAUCCUCGAUGAGGAGCAUCGGCUCCGCCGCGGAAUUCCUCGACGAGAACCUCCGGCAAACCUCGCAGCCCCAGCUCCAGCACUACUCGGACUACGGUGAUGCCUACGACGACAUAUUCCUGGGCGAGGAGGAAGCCACCGAGUUUGGCCUGGACAACAUCGUCAUGCUCUACCCCGCCUUUGGGAACAACCACGAGCGGAUCAACCAGCUGGUUCCCGCCUGCAUGGGCUUCUCGCUCUCGUCCCUCCCCUUUGACGUCCUCGACAUUCUCUCGGUGAUGAGAAACAUCAUCGAGGCCGAGCUGGUCGGUGCCUCGGACGACGGGGACAACUACGAGAUCAACCGGUUGUACGAACUGGUGUACAAGGUGGCCUUUAGCGUCUCCAAGUGCAAGGAAGAAUUCCAGCAAAUGUCCACGGACCCCAAGAAACGGACCUUCAAUUCCAAGUACGUUUCCAUCAAACAGACGCAGCCGCUCUCCAAUGGCGUCCUGGUCCGAAAGACGAAGAACGGAAAGCCCGAGCCGGCCAAGGGCACUACGGGGACGCAGUUCCCCUACUUUCACAUCCUGGACUGGCUUCUCGGACGGUACCAGUUCCGGCAGUCACGAGGGAGCGGCCAGAAUCCUACUGGCGGCCUCGUCAGCGCGGUGGGGUCCAUCGACAACACCUUUCCGCGCCCGCAGCGAGAAUACAUCCGAUGCCUCUCGAGGCUGCAGGAAUCGUCCUCGCUCCGGGGCUUUCUGGACGUCAUCGGCCGGCCCCGGGAGCUCCUCACGGCCUACAACCACCUGAUCGAGUGCUACGCCGGAGAGGGGGGUAUGCUCCAGGCCCACUGCCGCAAGCUCUAUUCCUACAUCCACAACAACGUCCAGUCGUCGACCAGUGGGACCAACCACCUCGCGUCGAAGGGCGAUGCGGGGGACAGCGAAAGCAAGAGCGAACCGCCAAGCGGGCCGGGGUGUCCGAUGGCAGCGUCCGCUUCCAACAAAACGUCAUCGCCAGGCCAGCAAUCCGGGUGUCCGGUGGCACUAUCUUCCCUCAGCAACGAAAAACCACCUAGCGAGAGAACCGGGUGCCCGAUGGCAACGUCUUCGUCCGAGGGAAAAGAGCCGCCAAGCCAGCAGUCCGGCUGCCCGAUGACGAUGUCCUCGAACGACUCACUGAAUGCUAUCGACAACCACAAAUUUGCGAUAACGAUGUUCAAGCACAUGCGCGAGGCGGCCAAUGACCGGUGGAGGCUUCGGCUUCCACCGCUCAUGAACGAGGUGACAAAGAUCAUUUAUUCCACGAGCGAAUCAGGGGGAUUCACGACGGUGGCCCUGGACUUGUCCGGAACCGGUCUGCUGUACGAAUACGGGGACGUGGUAAAGGUGAUCCUCCCGAACGACGACAGGCAGACGCGCUCGUGGCUGCACUCGCUGAAGUCUAUGAACCAGGAAUAUUUCAAGCUGGAGGACAUGAGGAACCUUCAGAAAAGCACCGGCAAUGGCUGGGGCUGGGACGGGCUUUGGGAGGCACUGGGAUGGGGCCGUUUCGAAGAACACGGCGGCAGCGGCGUUCCACUCGAAAUGAUUGCUCGAUAUAUCGAGCAGGGCAACAUACGGGACGAAUCCUCGAAGAAGUUUAACUGGGUUCACUCUCCCCUCGAUUUGUCCGUUGGGGGUGCCUCGCAGAUGUUUGCCUCUCCACCUCCGAUCCCAACAGAACGAAUAGGAUCGCUCGAGCCCGUAUCGCCGAGGAUUUACUCGGUUUCUGGGGUCGAACCCGACCGAGUCUUUCUUCUCGUCUCUAAACCCGACGAUCUUGCACGGCACCAUGGAUAUGCCGCGAUGAGCGAUCCAAAAAUCACAAAGGUUCAUUGUUCGUUUUCUCCCGCCACAUUUUUCUUGGUGCCUCCAAAAGAUGUGAACUUGGUGUGUGUUGCUUCCGGAACAGGUAUAUCCCCGUUCGUUGGCCUGGUAGACUCCAUUCGGUCGCGGACGGGAUCGUAUACCAUUGUCCACCAGUGCAAGUCAUCGGAUAUGUUUAUGUGCAAUUCCCAGACCUGGCUCGAUUUUACAGCGAUGAAUCCCGGUGCCAUCGUCAUGGGGUAUAUUUCGGGGGAUCGGAGCCGACGCAACUGCCCCAUGCGCUACGUGAUUCGCAACGGGGCAUUCGAGGAGACGACGGUGCUACGGCGGCGAAGGAUUUCAGCCUACUACUUUGAGUGCGAAUCGUUUCAGAGCAGGUUGCUGGAAACAUACAAGAGCAACGGGCUGAAUCUGGCCUACUGCUGUGGCGGGGUCAAGAGUGCGAUCAUGCCGCUCCGGACGUUUACGGAAUCCUGCGGUAUGCAAUUCGAGUUUACGUGCGAGUCCUACGGCGUGUCUCCCACGCUAACCAAGGAAAGCAACCUACUCAGCCAAAUCGGGGGUACAAUCAUCGAUCUGAACCAUGUUUCCCCCAUCCAUCCCGGUGGGGAUCAGAUUCUCCACCAAGCUACUGAUAUUAUGACCGCUAUGGCAAAGAUGAAGAAUUCGGAGAAUACUAACACACCCGACCACUCGAUUGCAUUUUACGAACUCCAUCCACAUGCAUACAACUUGCACCGGUGCCUGAGAACACCGGUGGAUGCAGACGCGAAGGCGUUUGCACAAUUUCUCGAGCGCCAGGCCAUGUCCAAGAGCGUUUUGGGGAACAUGGCCAUGAAGUACGCCCAGGCCGUCUUGUCGUCUCCCGAGUCGAGCAAGAUUGUCAAGAUUGCGACAGAGCUGCAGUCGUCGGCGAUUUCUGCACAGCUUAGCUCCGGCGACACGGAAAGCGCUCAAAAAAGCGCAUCAUACCUAAAAGAGUUGCUUAACCACGUGCCCGAGAGCGACGCCGACUCCGAGAGAUGGGGGGAAUCGCUAUCCCUUAUACCCCCUGUCAGUAGAAAGUCAAGUUCCGUGUUUCGAUCGUCGACAUUUUCAAAUAAGACAACGAUGUCGGGAGGAGAAGCCUUGAAACGCGUUUCUUUUCUUCAAGAGGUGUCACUAAAAAGUGCCGCGUAUGAAGACAGCGAUGACGAGAGUUGGGGAGAAUCUCUGUCGCUGAUGCUACCUAGCAGAAGAAAGUCAAGCUCGGUGUUAAGACGACAAGAAUAAUGGUUCCAAUAUUAAUUCCUAAA